GAACUUGUACCUGCUGGCAAGUGGAGUCCAGCCGUCCACUCCCUGCCCUUGCCCAGGGUCUGGUGCUUGAAGGGCAGCAAUAAGAUGGUUCCCCACUGGCCCAGGGGGUGCUUGGGAAUGUCUGGAGACCUCUGGGAUGUCAGUUUUUUUGGGGGGGUGCCACUGUCUUCUAUCGAGAACACAGGGGUGCUGCUGACACCCUACGAUGCACAGGGCAGCCCCCACCUGGAAGGGUCGUCUGGCUCCAAACGUCCGCGGUGCCGGGGGCGGAAGCCCCGGCCUGGCAGAAGCCUGGUGUCCGGCUGCGGGGGUGGGGGGUGGGGGGUGCUCCGCCUCCUCCGCUCCCUCCCUCCAUUCCAGCCUCACUCAGCAAAUACUAACUAAUCACACGCCGGCGCAGGGGUGAGGUGGCUCUGCUACUGCCCGAGGUCACGAUCUGUCAGGUACGCACACAAGUCAGCAUCUCUGCCUACCAGUCAGUGGACUGCUUCCCCCGCACCCCGCCCAAGAUGCAGCAGAGUCUGGAGCCCCCACAGGCUCCUCUGGACCCGGAAAUCCGAGGGGAGCCAGCUGUGCUGGGGCUGCAACAGCUUGUUUGGACGACUUUGUCUCUGAGCUGAUAUUCUUUAAACACACACACGACUCUCUCUGGGGCCGCACCAACCCCUUCCCUGUGCUUGGCCUGCGACCGUCCACUCCCAGGCCGUGGGGGCCGGCCAGCCAGGCCCCACAGAGGCGUCUGGUCGGAAAGGCCGCGUGCGGUUCUGCGCUGACCACAGCCCACGUGCCCCACGCCCCGGGGUGUCACCCGCUUCCUCUUUCCUUGCGCCGACUCCUCUGUGCUGGUGGUGACCCUCGGUGACUGAGGAAAGACGUGUCUGUCCAGACAAGCCACAAAGAAACGAGAGCACGGGCCCUGGCCGGGUGGCUCCAUGGGUUAGAGGGUCACCCCUCGUCCCCUGCACGCCAAGGUUGCGGGUUCCAUCCCUGGUCAGGCAGGGCGCACGCAAGAGUCAACCAAUGAUGCGUCACUAAGCGCAACAACAAAUCCAUGUUUCUCUCUCGUUCUUUUCCUUCCUCUCUCUCUAAAAUCAUUUAAAAAACAAAGGAGGGGAUGGAAUCACACUGGAUGUUUAUGAAGUGACAUCUGGGAGGCAUGGGACAUGGUGUCCGUCACACGUGAUCUGGAAGAGAGCCAAGAAUGCAGAAAUGUUGGGGGGGGGAGUUUUGGAGCCAAACUCUGAGCUCUGGGUGAGGUGAGCCCUGUUGGUGCUCCUGGAGGUUUCCAGGGACGGCCGUGUGCUUUGUGAGUUUGGGCCGAGACCCGAUUUCUCGUGGGAUCUGGCCGAGAGGCUGCACUCCAAGUGACGAGAAGCCAGAUGGGAGUCACCUGGUGUGGACUCGGGGACGCCAUCCCUCUCCCAUCAAAAGCUGCUCUCAGCACAGGAUUGGAAGUGGCCCCAGAAUUGAAACGACCAGUCCCAUUGUCCCAGGAGCAUUUUGCAUGCGUGACGAGGGCCAGCACCUCAGGAGACACUCUGUGGGAAUUCUCAGAGCGCAGCCCUGGGUGUCCCCAGGCAGGAGGGGAGGGGACGGGCUUCCCCAGAGUGGGCGUGGCCUGAUGGUCUCCUUGGGGCCAGGGCUCCCAGGGGCGGAGGUGCCCGUGUUGGGCGGCCGCAGGCGGGGACAGGACCCAGCCCCACCAGAUACACUACGAGACUGGAAAACUCAUUAACUAUUUACCCGAGAACACCGGCUCGCCACUGCUCAGGGCGGAUCACGUGGCUCGGAAAGCCAGGAGGUCGCAUGCACGGCGUCUCUGACGGCCAGUGUAGGGACUUCUGUGCCACGGCGGCCGCAGGCAGACCUGUCAUGUGGGCUCUGGCAACCCUCCUGCUCCUGGCUCCCAGCAGUGGACAAGCCGCUGCUCUGGAGAAGCCCACGCUGUCCCUGCAGCCGCCCUGGACCACCAUCUUCAAGGGAGAGCGGGUGACGCUGCGCUGUGACGGGCACCACCCCCUGGCCCUGGAGCUCCGGCCGGUCAGCACCCUCUGGUACCUGGGCCACCUGCUGCUGCCUUCUCACGGGAGGACCGUGCAGGUGCAGGCCCCGGGGCCGUACCGCUGCCAGACCCGGGGGGCGCCGGUCAGCGACCCAGUCCACCUCUCUGUGUCCAGUGACUGGCUGAUUCUGCAAGUGCCCUACGCCGCGGUCUUCGAGGGCGAGCCGCUGGUCCUGCGCUGCCGCGGCUGGUACGACAAGGAGGUGUACAAGCUGCACUAUUACCGCGACGGCCAGGCCGUGCGCUACUUCCACUCCAGCGCCAACUACACGGUGCCGCAGGCGCGCGCCAGCGACAGCGGGCGCUACCAGUGCUCCGGCACCAUGCGCAUCCCCGUGGAGAGUGCGCCCAUGUUCUCUUCCAAGGUGGCCGUGACCGUGCAAGAGCUGUUCCCGGCGCCGGUGCUGAAGGCGGCGGGCCGCGCGGAGGCCGGUGGGGUGGUCGUGCGCUGUGAGACGCGCCUGCACCCGCGGAAGAGCGCGGUGCCGCUGCAGUUCGCCUUCUACAAGUACAGCCGCGUGGUGCGCCGCUUCGACUGGGGCGCGGAGUACAGGGUCCCCGAGUCCGAGGCCGAUGAGCUGGAGUCCCACUGGUGCGAGGCAGCCACGGCCUCCCGCAGCGUCCGGAAACGCAGCGCGUGGCUGCAACUGCCUGGGCGCGGGCCAUCUCGGGACACGUCCACCGCUGCUCCGGGCCCGCAGGCCGCACCCUUGGCGCCUGGGAACAAGCCUCUUUCCUUUCGAAAGCCCCUGGUGUCCACGUCAGUCCCGGCGGUCAUCUCCGUCCCUAACGCCACUUCAGCCGGGGGGCGGGACCCCGCGGGCGGAGGCCCCAGCGAAGCGCCUGCCGGAUGCGAGCCACCGAAGCCCCUGGGACAUUCUGCCGGGGCCCUGCAGUCCGACGUGGACGUGCUGCUUCGAGAAAUGCGGCUGCUCAAGGGCCUUCUGAGCCGGGUGGUCCGGGACAUGAGGGACCCUCGGGCCUUCCCCGAGCUCGGGGCGGCACUCCAAACACCCUCCGCUCACUGGGCGGGGACCCAGGGAGUCCCGGAGACUGGCACUGUGGGGAGCUGAGGGACAGCCCCUGCCCUCACCAGGCCCGUCUGUCCCCACCUCUCCUGCUUCCUGUCACCUGAGGCCUUGCAAAGCCAUCUGUUUGUGGCCUUUGUUUUCUGCGGUUUUUCAGAAGCGCAUAAAGUGUGGUGGCCACAGUGGGUCUGGCGUGUGUUUGAGCUGCAGGCCCCCCUCUGAUCACUUCCUUCUGCUCCGCAGGAAGGAAGCGGCGGCCCGUGUGCGCUGCGGGGCUUGUGUCUGGGAGUUAACGGGGCCCCUGAGCGUUUCCUGCAGCCCACCGCGGGCGCAAUUCAGGUCCGGGUAGUUCGCUGGCAUUGAGGUCACUGAGGAAGCUGAGUCCUUUGGGACGUGUCAGGGUCAAGGAGUAACCAUUGAUCAUUUUGUGCUAAUUCUGAAAAGACAGUCCGUUCUAUCUCUGAUGGACUUAUACCCUGAAAGUUCUGGGUUUGGUUUAGUUUCAGAGGCUGAAAGGUACCCGUGUGGGUCUCCAUAUGUGGGGGUGGUUAUAGGGGUCAGUGCUGCGUGACCAGGGGGGUGGACAUCCUAUCU